UUGCGGUCUGGAGGGUCUGGUUCUGAAGCCCGAUCGUCUUUCCCGUAUUUUUGUACGCUUCUCUGCUCUCGCCUAGGUUCGUUUGAUUGACAAGUACUCCGUUUGUCUAAUGGAAUAACGCCGAACCGAUGCUGUAGUCAAUUUACAAAUCAGAAGAUGGCGUCGACUGCUUUGGAAGAGAAAAUUAAUAAGAUUAGGCAAAGGAAUGAAGAGAUCCGGCGAAGGCAUGAAGAAGUGGAAGCAGACAAACAAAAUGCAGCUAAAUUAAAUGCCCUGGUAAAAAUGGUCCCCCCGACCGAUUGGCCGGAGAGAAAGGAACCACCUGAAUUCUCCAAUCCACCUGCUCCAAGAAGUAAUGGUAAUUACAAGCCAAAAUCUUCUGCGAGAGAACAUCGUGUGCAACAACAGCAAUAUCAUGCUGCAGGUGGAGAUGGAAAGAAGACACACGUAUUUGCUGAGGGCGAUGGACCACCUCCAGAUCCUAGCUACAAUUUUCUUGCUGACGCUGAAAGAGAAGAAAGGGCUAGAGAUGAUUUGAGAGAUGAUCGAUUCAGAGGUCGCGGUGGAUCUCAGCGAGGAACUUCUAAAAGAAGAGGCGGGGAUCCGCAAGGGCAUUCCAAAGAUUAUCGAGGAUCAGCCUCGGGAACUAAGGAUGCUACCAGACCAGAGUAUGAAGCUUGGCGAGCUGAGCGCAAUCGAAUUGACGAAGCCCGAAUUAGUCGCCAACGUACAGCUGAGGGUAACUGGCGUCGAGAGUGGGAUAAUAAUAAGGUAAACGUUGCGGAAAAUGAAACUGGAGCUCCAAAAUCUGUGCGCCUAAAUAUUGGAGAGACUGUUAGAAAAGACCACAAGGAGUUCGAUAAGUGGCAAAGUAAUGGCAAUGAUCAUGAUUCCCCUCGUGGCCGUGGUGGAAAGCAGCAUGUUAGUCGUGGUGCUCCGAGAGGAUCUCCUAUCAAUCGAGUUUACCAGCAUUCAAAUUCAUUUGAGCAAUAUCAUGGGCAUACGUCACCUUCAGCUAAUAAAUCUGCAUCUCUGUCCCCGAACGGAAUUGAUGAACGGACUGUUGUAGCGACUGAUAAAAGUAUCAAAGUUAUUGUCAAUCACGAGACAACUACUAGCAAGAGUCCUGUGAUGAGUGUUAAAGUGAGUUCUUCAAGUAUUGCUGGUACAGGCCGGGUUGGACCACGUCAAAAACCCCGCAUUCUGUACAGCAGUCAAUCAGAAAAUGAGGCAUCCAGCCACGAACAUGAUAAAUUUUUCAAUCAUAAAUCUCCAGAUGAUAAAACAAGUCAUGUUUACUUCAACCGAGAUAAUGAUGAGCAACAGCGCUCUGUUCCAAAGAGCCCACAUCCACACCGUAAGACGGAUGGUAACUCUAAAUCUCCGUAUUUACCUAGGAAAGAAUUUAAGUAUGAUGCACAACAGCAGAGACAUGGAGAAAACGAAUCUAAAUCACCAUACACGCAACGAAAACAAGUUAAAGACUCUCCAAAGUCUCCGCAUUUUGAAAAGAAAGCCGAUUUUUCAAAUCGGGACUCUCAUAUUAGGCAAAAAAACAAAUCUUCGGGUGCAUCUACUCAUUCUCAAAAACGAACGUUUGAUAAGACCAAGCAUGAUUCACAGAAAUAUACUACUCCAAAAAAGUUUGAAGAGCCAUAUACUCCAAAACCUCAACGAACACAUAAGCGAAAUGAUAAAUCAAAAAGUUUACACCACGGUAACUGUAGAGAAGGGCAAGAACCGAAUACUAACGAAAGCAACACACAGUCAGACAAUCUUAAUAACGAUAAAUCUGAACGAUCCACCAAUAACCAAAUUGUCAAUAACAGUGAAAAUUACAAUGAAACCAAUAAUGUAAACGAUAUCUGUGAAAAACAAUCUUCUGAGGACACUGCGCUCGUUAACGCAGUCAAUGAAACCGAAAACGGAGACAAGUUUGCGUCGAAACCAAUUAUAGAUUCAGUAAAUGCCAGUCCAUCUACUGGUGUGAUAGGAAUUGAAAAAAGUGAUACUGAUAAAAUUUGCUCCAUUGAUACUUGUGAUAUAACUGACAAAUCUGAACCAAUGAUUAUACUGAACUAUGAGAAUACCAAUUCAGAAGAAUUAUGUAAUAAAAAUGCUGAGAAAGAGAGUGAAAUUGAUUCUAUGAUUCCGAAUUCUGAUGAAGAUAAAACCGGUGAACACUGUGAUAUUGUUGAACAAAUUGAGACUAGUAACGAAUUGCCAAAAGUAUUAGAUGAAUCACAAAAAAAACCAGACAUUCAAACAAUUACUGAAAUCAAUAUAGUAGACAGUACACUGGAAACAAACUGCACUGUCGAAAAUAUAUCUGAUAACGAAAUUAAAUGUGAACAGCUGAAUUCAAUUCCUGCAAAAGGCCUUGAUAAUGUGAAGGAGCCGGAAGAAAAUGUACUCACUCUGACAAAUGAACUGCAGAGUGAAGCAAAAGCUGAAAUAUUUCAGAAGCCUAAAGAUAUUGCAGAAGAACUUCUGCAAGCUAGUAACGCCAUUGAGACCUCAGAUGUCGAGAAAGAAGCGCUUUCAUCACUGGAAAUCAAGGUGCAGGAUAAUGAAGAAAUAGCUUCAAGCAAUGUAGACAGCCAAGUUGCUAAGAAUCCAGAAGAUAAAGAAACUUCAGUAAUCUAAACAAAAUAAUUUGUACAUAAUAUAGUGAUGCACAAAAACUGGUAAUGCUAAAUAAACGAAAUUUUUUUAAUGUUAUCAAAACAGAUGGCAUGAUGAUGUAAAUAAUGCAAGCAGAGAUAUCGAU